CGCGGCGGCCGUCGGGAGUGGCGCUGCUGAGGGGAUGGAGGCGGCCGGCGGAGGAGGCGCCGAGCCCGCGGGCACCGGCAGCGAGAGCGGCUCCGGCGGCUCCUCUCUGGCUGCCAGCUCCGAUGACCUUGAGCCCGAGUGGUUGGAUAGUGUGCAGAAAAAUGGAGAAUUAUUUUAUUUAGAAUUAAGUGAAAGUGAAGAAGAAGUUCUGCUUCAGAACAGCUGUCCAGAAAUGCCAGCAGUGAAUCAUGUCAGGUUUCGGGAAAAUGAAGCUGAAAUCAUUCAAGAGGGAUCACGCAAGGAAAGAAAGUAUGAACUGAAGAAAUGGACCAAAAUGCUAAAAAAGAAGAGUCUUUUACCAAAGAGUUCUGGUAAGAAAGGUAGUGGCAGCUGCAGUGAGCACCCGUCUGGUCCUACUUCCAUAUUGAAGCACCGGUCUGCUCAGAAAAUGGGUGUCACUGUUCAGCAAAAGUACAAAGAUGUGUGUGUUUAUGUAAAUCCCAGAAAACUCUACAGUGCUGGGGAAGAAGAGCAGCAGAGGCUGCUGGAGGCCUUAGUAGGGAUUGUCCAUCAGUCUUCAUGGAGCAGCAGAAGAGUGGAAAAACAAAGCAGGAAGGAUAAAGCCACCAGAGGAGUCAGUGAAGAGAAGCUUGUGGUACAUGGCUUGGUGCCAGGUAGUUCUGCAAUGAAAACAGGUCAAAUCCUGAUUGGAGAUGUUCUUGUUGCUGUAAAUGAUGUCGAUGUGAAUUCUGAAAACAUAGAGAGGGUUUUGUCUUGCAUUCCAGGUCCUAUGCAGGUUAAACUGACAUUUGAGACCUCAGUAUUCGAGCCUGAAGGGACUUUUGAGCAAAGGAACAAACAGACACAGUCAAGUAUGAACAACCUGGUUCGGCUCCUGUGGGGAGAGGACACUUUGGACCUUCAGCAGGAUGUGCCUCACAUUGUCAUGUUCCUCACACUGAAACUGGACUCUGAGACAUCCAAGGAUGAGCAAGAAAUUAUUUAUCAGUACCCCAUAUCUGAAGCAUCCCAAAAACUGAAAAGUGUGAGAGGGAUAUUUCUCACACUGUCUGACAUACUGGAAAGUGUUACUGGUACCGAGAUUAUCAGUUCUUCCCUUUUCUUAUGUGAAAAACUGGUCCAAGUUGUUUACUGGAAAGAAUCUGACAAGUUGCUCGUAAUUGGCCUUCCUGAAGAAAAUGUGCCACUUUCUCAGCUGAGGAACAUGAUUCAGAAUGUUGUCAGGACCUUGACAUUCAUGUACAGUUCCUUGGACAGUGCUUUUUGCCAGGUGGAAAAUGUUUCUCGCCUGGAUCAUUUUUUCAACCUGUUCUUCCAACGUGCCCUUCAUCCUGCAAGGCUCCAGCCUGGCACCAGCCCCAGUGCCCAGCACCAGGAUCCCUGCAGUGCCCUGUUCCCAGGCAGCCUCCCCGGCCUGCGCUGGCUGACGCUGCCCCACGAAGUCAAGAUGGAAAUUGACACAGCACUGAGUGAUCUGGAAGCAGCUGACUUUGCAGAGCUGUCUGAAGAUUAUUAUGACAUGAGAAGAUUAUAUGUGAUCCUGGGCUCUUGUCUCUUUUACAAGGGUUACUUGAUUGGUAAUCACUUGCCCAAGGAAGACCUCGUUGAUGUGGGUUUCUAUUGCCAGCACUACUGCCUGUUAGCCCUGGCAGCAGAGCAGAGGAUUGGGCAGUUAGUGAUUUGGCGGGAAGUGUUCCCACAGCAUCACCUCCAGCCCAGUGAGGAGUCGAGUUGCACAGGAUACAGGGAACCCGAAGCAAGAUACUUCUUACUGAUAGUUGGCUUGAGACACUUUGUCCUGUGUGUCCUGCUGGAGGCAGGGGGCUGUGCAUCCAGAGCUAUUGGGAACCCAGGACCAGACUGUAUCUAUGUAGACCAGGUCAAAGCAACCAUACUCCAGCUGGAAGGAGUAGACGCCAGCAUCGAGGAAAGGCUGGAUGCUCCCUCCAUCCCACCUUUAGCCUGUGCUGACUGGUUCCUUCCUGCAGCGCGGGACAGACUGGAGAGCUUGAACACCUCACCAAUGCUGAGCAAGCUCCAGAACUUGCAGAGUUCCUGCAAAGCUGUGAGCACUGCAGGGAGCAAGAGGAGCCUCUCUGGGGACACUUCUCGCACCCCACGGAGGCAGAGCCCCCCGAGGAGCAGCGGGGCGGCCGAGCAGGGCAGCGAGGGGCCCGCGGAGGAGGAGAGCACCAACGCACAGCCUGUGCUGGAGCAGGUCGGAGAACAAGGCAGAGUUCUGGGCGCUUGGGGAGAGGGCAGUUCACUCCAACUCAAGGCCACUAGGAAAAAACACACCCUGCCAAACCCAUUUCAUUCAGGAAACCUGAAAAAGAACUCUUCAGAGAAAGAUACAGAACUUCCUUAUGCUAUGAAGUUGACAUCUGGUCCUGAGAACACUCUCUUCCACUAUCUGUUUUUGGAGACAAUGCAAGGAAUCUUUAUUACUCCAACUCACAAAGAAGUAGCCCAGCUCGGUGGCUCCAUCCACCCUCACUUAAUUGAGAAUUUCUACCAGUGCUGCCUUUCAAUCCAUUCCAUUUUCCAGCAGUCCAUGAGGAAAGAGAAAAAGAAGAAGGCAGGCAGUGGGAUUUCAGAAUUCAGCAAGGCAGGUGAGGACCCAGGUCUGGUAAGAGAACAUGGACUUCUGUUUGAGUGCUCUCCUGAAAACUGGACUGACCAGAAGAAACCACCACCAACUAUGAACUACUGGGUUGUGGGGAGACUCAUUCUCCACCCCAAACCUCAGGAGUGUUAUGUGUGUUUCCAUGACUCGGUGACAGAAGCUGCUGUGGAGCUGGCCUUUAAACUGUCCUUUGGCUUAGCUGCAUAGAUGAGCUUCCUGCACACUCAGACAUCCUGCAUGGUGUUCAUUCUUUAAAAUAUCCCAUAUAAAGGGAAAUUAACUCAAUUUGGGUGCCACCCAUGGGGCAUCUUUGAAAUGCUUAAAAAAAAUCAAAUACCUUGUGAUAUGACGCAGUUAAAAUUUCAGUGGUGCUUCUGAUGAGUUCAUCUAUUGUAUACUUAAUUUCAGAGAACCAAAGUUCUUAUUUUUAUAUACUGUCACUUUUUUUUUUAAUCCUGGUCAUAACUUUAUUAUAUGAAAACACCACAUCAUUUGUAUGUUCACUGCUAUUCAGUGUACAAUAUGCAACAUAAAAUGGUAAGCUGAUCCUCAAAGAACUCUAUGAACAUGGAAAUUGGUGAUGGAGGGAAAAAAAAGUUCUCCAGUCACUUAAAAUUUUGCACCUCUGAGAGCCUGAAAAAUACUGAAUGUUUUCAGUAGCAUUGUGUUAAUCAAAACAGAGAAAAAUCUUUCAGACAAUUCCUGGCACUUAGCCUCACAAAACUAAUGGUUUACCAUUUUUGCUCUCCUGCACACUCGAGGACUAUAGUGUGGUUGAUGUUUUACUUGACUCCGUGAGUUUUAACUAUAAAUAAUACUUAUAUUUGUUAAAAUGCAAUUUUGAAGACACAAAGAAAGAAGGGGGGUGGGCAGGGUGGUUUUAAGAUGUGC